GCCUAUCCGGCUUAUCUCAGUCCAAAUAUUACAAUAGAAUUGGGCCUAUGAUUUUUCUUAUACUCUUUUUGACAAACUUUGCCCAAAUUUUUUUAAGUACGUUUUUUUUUUUCUUUUCUUGGCUUUUACAAUUUUCACUCUCUGGGCUGAAGUAACCGGCGAAACUUUUCCGGCUAAAAAAUGAGAAUCGUUACCGCAGCGCUCAACUGCCGACGGCGACUCAUUUCCACCGCCGUCUCUUCAACUUCAAAUUAUUUCCGGCACUUUUCUUCUUCAUCCUCCGAACACAUAUCAUUUAUCAAAGAUGUAGCCGCAACUUGCAUUCCUGAGCACUUGCCCAAUUUACUGAAUAUGCUUCAGACAAGAGGGGAUUCCAUUAUUUCACCCGGAGACAAGCAUGGUAUUUUCCCCCUUGCAAUACCUUUGUCGAAAAACAGCUCAGGUGUUAUGAUUUCUCUGUUACGGUGGCCAACAGCACCAUCGGGGAUAGAUAUGCCGGUUGUGCAAGUCCAUAAGCAUGGUGUGUUUCCAUUAGCCAAGAACGUUGACCAGUAUCUUCAUAGAAUGUUGGUUGAACAAGAUUCCACUAGCCUUAAGGAUAGAAACAGAGAGCUAUUAAAUGUUUCGGCUAAUGCUGGAGAACUGUACACAGAGAGGAGCUUCAUAGAUACACAAUUGCCAGACUUAGAUACCUAUCUUUUAAGGAAGGUUGGUGUGUUUCCUGAUGUUUUAGAACGCAAAAUUGACCAUGAACUUGAGAAAGGGAACCAUGUUUCAGCUUUAGUAACAGGGGAGUUUUAUGCAAAGAAGCAGCACUUUCCUGGCUUUGGACGGCCUGUUGCAUUUAAUGCACAAAUUUUGCUCAAGGUUGGACGUGAUUCAGAAGCUAAAGAUGCUGCAAGGAGUGCGCUAAAAUCACCCUGGUGGACUUUGGGAUACAAAUACCAGGAAGUUGCUGAAAUAGCAAAAUGGAAGGACGAGCAAAUUUGUUAUGUUAAGAAAAAGUUGACAGAAGAAGGAAAGCGACAGGAUCUGAACAGGGGAAAGGAGCUUGCUCAGAUUGCAUUGGAUCAAGCUGCAUUUUUGCUAGAUUUGGCUUCUGUCGAGGGUUGUUGGGAUGACUUUGUGGAUCGCAUUAGUGAAUGCUACAAAGAGGCUGGUCUCCACGAAUUGGCGAGAUUUAUAUCCUUUAAAGGCUAAAUUUGAAGUGCAAAUGUCUUCGCCUCCCUGAUCAGAAUCAUCUGAGAAGCUUGUAGGCUCAGAACAGUGUAAAUCCACUUGGUAUCAACAAUUUUGCAUCAUCAUUCUUCAACUUAGUUUGACAUGGUGUAACCUAUGUUAUUCAGACUCUUCAUUUUACCUCGAUCUAUGUGAUGGAUCCUUGACGCUCGGACAUAUAUAGGACACUUCAACCCUUCAUUUGGGGUUAAAAUCAUUGAUUUUUUCACAAAAUAGAUGUGUGACAAUUGGAGAUGUAUCCGUGUCGGGCAAGAGUACCCGUGUCCUAAAUCCUAAUAACAUAGGGUGUAGCUUUGUCUGCAACUGCAAUAAUAGAACAUAGAACUCGUGGAAGUGGUUGUCUCAUUCAUGUAGAAUUGUAAUGGAAAAUAUUUUAUGUUGUUCAGUUGUUGGCUUUGGUGAUAAAUACUCGGACAAAACAUUUUGCUUCAAAGCAGUGAUUUCACACGGCAUUUCAAUUUUUUUAA